GUCCGGGAGCGGGAAUGACGAACUCCACAGCCCCUGGAACUCCCCCGCAGACCCGCGAGCGUCCCGGCGUGCUCCGCGCCUCCCGCAACCACUUCCGGGGCGGGAGCAGGGCGGCGGGAUUUGGAGGCUGUGGCGGCGGCCCGCGUGGAGGGUUCCUCCGGCGGGCGCAGCUGGGGAAGCGCCGCGGCGAGCGGACGCGGGUUGGCGGCAGCCCCAGGACGGCCCAGGGCCCGAGGCCCAGAGCAGCCAGGAAGGAAAGGCCUCACCAGCCCUACCUCCGCUGCGGCGAUGUCGGAGCUCAGCGAUGAAGCCAGCGAACCGGAGCUCCUGAACCGCAGCCUGUCCAUGUGGCACGGGCUGGGCGCGCAGGUCAGCCGGGAGGAGCUGGCCGUCCCCCUGGACCUCCACACAGCCGCUUCCGUCGGCCAGUAUGAAGUGGUGAAGGAAUGCGUGCAGCGGAGAGAGUUAGAUUUGAAUAAGAAGAAUGGUGGUGGCUGGACCCCGCUGAUGUACGCCUCCUACAUCGGACAUGACACCAUUGUGCACCUGCUGCUCGAGGCGGGCGUGAGUGUGAACGUGCCGACCCCGGAAGGGCAGACCCCGCUGAUGCUGGCUUCCAGCUGCGGCAACGAGAGCAUUGCCUAUUUUCUUCUCCAGCAAGGUGCUGAGUUAGAGAUGAAGGACAUUCAAGGCUGGACUGCCCUCUUCCACUGCACCAGUGCUGGCCACCAGCAGAUGGUCAAGUUCCUUCUGGAUAGCGGAGCCAACGCCAACGUGAGGGAGCCCGUGUAUGGAUUUACUCCUCUGAUGGAAGCAGCUGCUGCAGGCCAUGAGAUAAUCGUGCAGUAUUUUCUCAAUCAUGGAGUCAAAGUGGACACGAGAGACCACAGUGGGGCCACGGCCCGGAUGCUAGCCAAGCAGUAUGGACACAUGAAGAUCGUGGGGCUGCUGGACGCUCACUCGGCUUCUCUGCCCAAGAGCCUCUACCGGAGCCCAGAAAAAUAUGAAGAUCUAAGCUCUUCGGAUGAGUCCUGCCCGGUUCCUCAGAGGCAGAGGCCCUGUCGGAAGAAGGGCCUCAGCAUCCAUGAUGGGCCGCGAGCCUUGGCCAGGAUCACGGCCAUUGGGCUCGGAGGCAGGACGCGGCAGCCUCGCUAUGAGCAGGUGCUUCCACGGGGCUACGUCACCUUCAACAGCAGUGAUGAGAGCCCGCUGGGAGAGAGGGGCCUUUGCUACAGGGACGUCACCUCCCCCAUCAACGACCGGGAUGUGGAGAGCAGCAGCAGCAGCAGCCGGGAAGAACAUACCUUCUGUGCCAAUCUUGGGGCCGCAAGGAGCAGCAGCAGCAGUGAGGGCCUGGCCAGGGCCCCGGGACUCAGCAGCGAGGCCUCCCUGGAGAGCAAUGAGGAUUCGGAUCAUGCACGUAAAAGCUUGGUUCGCAAACAAACUAAAAGUUACCUGAAGGCCAAGAAUCGUCACAGCAGCAGUGACAGCCAGUGGUCUCCCAGCACUGGGACUUCUUGUGCCCCAGGAUCUGUCCCCCAGACCGACAGGGCCCCAUAUUCAGGACCCCAGGACCUGGCCGCGCUGCUGGAGCAGAUCGGCUGUCUGAAGUACCUGCAGGUGUUCGAGGAGCAGGACGUGGACCUCCGCAUCUUUCUGACCCUCACCGAGAGCGACCUGAAGGAAAUUGGCAUCACCUUGUUUGGGCCCAAGAGGAAGAUGACCUCUGCCAUCGCCCGCUGGCACAGCAGCGCCCGCCCCCCGAGUGAUGCCCUGGAGCUGGCCUAUGCCGACCGGCUGGAAGCCGAGAUGCAGGAGCUCGCCAUCCAGCUGCACAAGCGCUGUGAGGAGGUGGAGGCCAUGCGGGGCCAGGUGUCGCAGGAGCAGGAGCUGCGGGCCGUGGUGGAAAGCUGCCUCCUUGAGCAGGACAGCGCCCGCAAGGACGUUGACACGCAGCUGCAAGAGAGCCGGGCCCUCGCCCGGGACGCCGCUCUUGUCCUGGACCAGCUGCGAGCCUGUCAAGCUGAGCUUUCAGCCCGAGUGCAGCAGGACGGGCCCCCACUCGGGGCGGCCACGGGCCCAGCCCUCCCCACAGCGGACCCCAGAGGCUGGCAGGCCUCCCUGCGGGCCCUGAGCCUCGCGGAGCUGGCGGGAGCCCUCGAGGACCGCGUCCGGGAGAUGGGGCGAGUGCUGUGCUCCGUGACCCAGAGUCUGGAGAAGCUGCAGGUGCUGAAUGGGAGGGAGAACUGGCGGGAGCCUUAGCCGGGGGGACGAAUCUGACAUGGGGUGACUGAUCCACCCUGAAGCCGUGAGCCCGGAGGACAGGAGGGCAGUGAACGAGCGGCUGCAGCGGCCAGGGCCAGAGGACCGGGCCCCAGGAGCGGCCAGCAGACAGAGGCAGGACGGGGCUGUGACUGGUGCGAGCAAGGGCAGCGAGGCCCACACCGAGGCGGGACCAGGGCCUCUGGUCCCAAACCUGGGCAUAGGGCCCAGAGCAGGCAGGGCUUGGGGGAGCAUGUCCCCAGACACCGCAGGCGCCACACAGAGGUCCGCCCAGAUGGGUGAGGACCAGGCACCUGUGCAACAUAUGUCAUUUGCUGGAAAAUAAAAUUUAAGAUAGGCUGG